AUGAACCUCGCCAGCAUGUCCUCUGCGUCCUCAAUGACCCGAAUUCCCGGUAUAACCGCGCUGCUUGCCCUGACAGGUGCGCUGUGGCCAGUCGGAGCAGCAGCGGGGAGUACCAAUGCCAACAGUGGGGAGGGAUACAGACUGGGCGAUGAGAUCCCAGUAUCCUACGACCUAGGCAAACUCCAAUAUGUUCCUUUCGUAACAUGCAACGAGACAGCCCGCCCUCUCUCCCUCCACUACGGCGUCUCCGAAACAAUCACCUGUACCGUCCCCGAACUGCCAGACAACCUCUACCACCUCCUUGAAUUCUACGUCCACUCCGACGUGCCCAUGACCUGUCGCAUACCAACUGCGCCCCUCACAAAAUCAAAUACCUUUUCACCGGAAUCCAACGACGAGUCCGUGUCCAAGGAAUUCGACUCGCUCGCCGCAUUGAACGAGAAUGGACCCCCCUUCACACCCGUCACCAUCGCGCUGCAGGGAACACUCCAGAAAAGCCACCUGCACAUUUGGACAGACAUGAACAUGCUCAUGCACAACAUGGCCUCCGACGCCGCAGCGCAACAAAGCACCCAGAAUUCACAGACCGGACAACCAGGGUACGCGGUAGCGGGAACAGCAUACUCGACGCCCGAAUUCGAAGCCGCGGUGAAGAACGUCAAGCUAGACGACGACGAUAAGGCCGUGGCACUUGCGCAGGCUGCGCGCGAGCCCUGGACCCCCGGCCACGGCACAAAGGUGAUUCGCGGCGAGCCGCUGACCUUUUCUUUCCAUGUUGCGUGGGUUGAGGGCGGGGCGGGCAUUGGAUGGCCGGAUCGGCCUGCCUCGUACUCGUUCCUGGGGCCUGGUGGUAAGAUUGUUGUGCAGAGCUCUGGGUCUAGCUCGUUCUUCUCUCGCAUGUUCUUGUUUCUUAUGGCUGCUUCAGUGGGCGCGCUGGGUGCGCUUUACUGGGAGCGAAAUAGGGAUCGCAUUCGAGGCCGUUCGUCCUGGAAAGGUGAUGGCAUUCUCGGUGUUUCUCCUGCCCGCGGUAAGGGUGCUAGUGUGACGUUUGGUAAUGGUGGUCGUAUGAAUGGGUAUGGUGGUUACACUGCUACUGCUGUCAAUGGCGCUGGAGCCGGUGGUGGGUAUGGGGGUUUUGUUGGUGGGAAGAAGGAUUAA